AAGAUAAGUAUGUUGCGAGACCGUGUAGGAGACAAAAGACAAAGAAGAAACUUUUGCUCAAGAAGGCUAGUGAUGACAAAGUGAUUGUCCAGGCAAAUGAGUUUGGUGUUCUUUCAGGUGAUGGCUGGACUGAGUUGGCCAAUUAUAUAGGAGUUGUAGUUAGAGAUAAUGUGUCGAUACUAUUUGAUGAUUGGAGACUAGUAAAAGAUCAACAGAAAGAGAAGCUAUGGAAGCAUAUUAAGAAAUUGUUUGUCGUGAGUCCUAAGGGUAAGAAGCAAGUUUUGAGUACAAUGGGAGUAGCUUUGAGGAAUUUCAGGUCUACCUUAAGGAAUGAAUUCAUCUUCCCGCACAAGGACAAUUUGAAGAUGUUGCGCUUACCUCCAAAAGAGUACGAGCACAUACCCACUGAUGAGUGGAAACUGUUUGUCCUGAAAAGUUUCAAAGCAGAAUUUUUAGCAAAGAGCAACAAGGGGAAAGCAAGAAGAAAGAAGAACAAGUAUAACCACAGGUUGGGGUCAUCCGGCUAUAGUGGUUUAUUGAAGAGGAAG